AUGGAUAGUCCAACAAUCACACCGGUUCAUACUGCCAAACAAACAAAGGCACCAAAGCCAAAGGCUGAAACUCCAACAUCAUCCGCCACCACAACAACAACCAAACCAACAACAAUAUUGACUUCAUCUUCUUUGAUUGGCGCUGACAAUAUCCUGUUCAGUUUCGAGAGCGAGAAGGAAAAGCCUCGUAAGAAGGAGGCACCGGUAGUGGUGAAGCCUCCAAAGCCAAAGGUGUGCAAGGUGUGCCAGAAGAAGGGCCACAUCGCCAAGGAAUGUCCGACGCCAGAUAUCAAUAAGAAGUGUACAAACUGCAAUCGCAUUGGCCAUAUCGCCGCCAACUGCAACAUUGUCAUCCUAAACUUUGCCAAGUAUCAGCCGCCCAAGCCUGAGCGACGCGAGAGGAAGCCACGUGACGAGGACUCACACAAUGGUGUGGCACAUCAUGGCGCGGACAGUCCGACCAAUGGAGGCAUGUCCUCACCCAAGGACAACAAGGACACUCAUUCGCCAAAGAUGUCCAGUCGCAAGGAGAGGUCAGCUGAUCCACCCGCUCCCUCGGCAACCCCAGCCACAUCCACGUCUACAACGACAACAACAACUACUACUACUACUACAUCAGCCCCAUCAUCUUUGGCCGCUGCCACUCCAAGCAUUGAACAGUUGAAGCUCUCAAAGGAGCUCACAUCGCGACAGGUAUUCAUCACAAUCAAUGAAGACGCGGACAACACAUCACAGGUGGCCGUUGAUCCAAAGGCAUUGGUUGAGUUUGUACAACGCUCAGCCAUCACAUCUGUGUGCCUCCCUGUCAAGAGCAUGUAUGGACAACUGUACUACUCGAGUGAGAAGUACCAGGACCGUGUGUCGACGGCUACCGCAGACACAUUGGUACAAUGUAUCAAAGCACUGCGUGACAUUGGCGUGCAGGUCCCAUUGUCCAUCGCGGUUCAGACCGACGCCAUUGCCGCCAGGGAGCAUCCCGAGUGGUGCCAAGUCCCAUUGGCCACCACAAGCACAAGUGGCGACAGUGAUGCAACCACAUCCUGCACACAGUGUUGUCUGAGCAAUCCAGACUUCCGCAGCUACUUUGUUGCACUAUUUGAGGAGCUGCUGGUUAAGAUGCGCGAGCUAUUUGGUGGAGUAAUCGACGGAUUCUACUUCACUGGCACUGGAAUGGGUCAGCUGCAGAGCUGCCAAUGUGUCGCCUGUAUAGAGUUGUUGGCCAAGCAUGGAGUAGUCGAUCGACAGAGUGCGGCGUCAGAGGAUUUGGUGCGGGGUAUCUAUGAAGAUGUCGCCAAUCAAUUCAAAACGUCACUUAUCAAUCUCAUCAGACAGGAUCAACAAUUACAAACAACCAAGAAGAAGAACAACUCAAUCCCUCAGCGCGUCUACUUUGGCUCAUCAUCACACAUAGAUAGAGCAUCCAAUUGUGUGUCCUUGGACUAUGACUCUAGAGUGGACUUCUCCACCAUAUCAAGACACAUGCGUAGCGUUCCAGCACUUGGAGUGAUCCCAUUGAUGAAUGAAGACGUCCUGUGUCCAGGUCGUACCAGACGCAUACCCAAGACCUUUGAGACACUCCUAUUCCAAUGUCACCAAUCCAUGAUGUUGACAAGUCGUUGUGCACUCAGCAUGCCAAUGGAUUGCCUGUCAUCAUCACCUGUACAAAGGGUCGUUGAGAGAGUCUUCAAACAGAUGGAGACAAGGGAUGUGUAUCAUAGGAAUGCCAAGAGAGUGUGCGAUAUUGCCGUGUUUGCUCCGCAUGAUGCCAAUGCCAUGCAUACACUGAGAGCAGUGUCCACAUUGCUCGAGGAAGCCCAGUACCAAUUUGAUAUUGUCGAUCAGACCAUUGAGUUGGACGAGCUCCUCGCCUACAGGUUGGUCAUCCUGCCGGAUGUCCCAUGUCUGGACACAGAGGGCUGGAAGAAGAUACAAAAGUUCUCCGAGAGUGGCGCACUCUUGGUCACUGGCGAUGCAUGUCUCGAGCGUACUACUCGCAAAUUCUCAUUGCCCGCCAAGGGAAUGAGGUACAUGAACGCUGCGUCAGACUUUGACACGGUCCAAGUGCCAGAGAAGCCAGCGCCAGUUUCGGGCACCAGCGCCAAGGCUGCAAAGUCCUUGGGAGCCGGACAUAUCUCGGAUGUUGCCGCCACUCCAGGUCGUGACGACGAUCAGCUAAUAAUGGACAUCCAGAACCUAACAUUGUCCGGUCGAUCAAUCAAGAUUGAUGGCAAUGGUAGCGCGGACUUUGUAUCUCUCUUGAACAUGACCGGUGGUUCAGCCGUGUUGUACGCGCGUAGCCAGCGAGUGAUCAACUGUGUACAUCCACUAUUCCGCCAAUACUGGCAGCUUGGCAGCGCGACCAUUGGCCAGCUCAUUCACAGACUGAUCAGGAUACUGUUGCCCCACCCUAUGGUCGCGUUCAAACAACUCCUCGUAGACGGCCGCGCAAGAAACUUGACCACGGUGGUCACACGUCAACAUCAGCCAGCGAGGUCCAAGCAGAAUCCCGAGGAGACAAUCAAUCGCUACGUCGUGCACAUUGUCAAUGCCAAUCGAUUCACUGUUGGUGCUGACCUGUCGCACGAAUGCUAUGAAGUGGCAGCCGACACCAAACCUGGUCAGGUCAUUGUCAACCUGCCCAAAGAUGUCCAGUUGGACUCUGUCAGCUGUGCUGGUGACCUCAUCGUCCCCAACAAUGAACAAUUGACAUACAAGGUCAAAGGCAGCACAAUCACCAUUGACCUACCAGCGCUAACCAAACAUUCAAUCAUACUAAUAAACUUCAAGCCAUAA